CCACAUAAUCACCAGUACCAUGAUCCUUCUUAUACCAACAAGUUGCAAAAAUCUUCUUCUCCCUUCCACAUAUCUACAAUCUUUUACUAAGGGAUAUCAAGAUUUAGCUAAAAUUUUAAAAAAAUUCCUCUUGCUAUGGAGGCUCUCAAUGCAGCAAGAUUAACCCCUCUUUCAGUUCUUUCUGAUAGAAGAAAUGAACCCAAAAAAAUCCCAUCUUUACCAUUCAAGAAUUCAGCCAAUUUUAGCACCAAUUUGUCAAGUUCAGUAGAGGGUAUAUCAAGAAAUUUUCAUGGGGGUUUAGUAUUACUUUCCUCUGUUUUCACUACAGGUUUAGCUAAAGCAUUGACAUAUGAGGAGGCACUUCAGCAAUCAACUACUAGUGCUAGUACUGAUGAUUUUGAUGCAAAUUCAUUUGUUGAAACCUUGACCAAUUUUGUAUCCGAUAAUCCUUUAGUUAUAGCUGGUGGUUUUGCUGUUUUGGGUUUGCCAUUUAUUGUGUCUCAAGUGUUUGGUAAAAUGCCUAAGCCAUGGGGUGUUGAGUCUGCCAAGAAAGCUUAUGCAAAAUUGGCAGAUGAUGAGAGUUCAGAGUUAGUUGAUAUAAGACCCACUGUGGAGUUGAGGCAAGUGGGGAGUCCAGAUAUAAGUGGUUUCAAGAAGAAGCCAGUUACAAUUGUUUAUAAAGGUGAAGAUAAGACAGGGUUCUUGAAUAAGCUGGCUUUGAAGUUCAAGGAGCCAGAGAAUACCACAUUGUUCAUUCUAGACAAAUUUGAUGGGAACUCUGAACUGGUUGCAGAGCUUAUCACAGUUAAUGGUUUUAAAGCUGCAUAUGCAAUUAAAGAUGGUGCUGAAGGUCCCCGAGGAUGGAAGAAUAGUGGCCUCCCUUGGAUACUUCCUAAGAAAACAUUAAGUCUUGAUCUAGGCCUGUCUGAUGCUCUUGAUGGUAUUUUUGGGGACGGUUCUGAAGCUGUCGCUGUAGGUUUAGGUGUUGCCGCAGCUGCCGCUUUUGGACUUUUGGUGUUCUCAGAGGCGGAAACAUUACUCCAACUGUUAGGUUCAGCUGGACUUAUCCAAAUAGUCAGCACGAAACUUCUAUUUGCAGAGGACAGAAAGCAAAGUCUGCAACAAGUUGAUGAGUUCAUCACCAAAGAGGUUGCUCCGAAGGAGCUUAUAGGUGACAUUAAGCAAAUAGGGAUGGCUCUUCUUCCAGUCCCAGUGACUAGCAAAACUCUACCUGGACCUGCAGAGACAAGUGAAUCAGUUCCCGAGGUGGAUGCUGCAUCAUCUAAAGUAGAAGCAUCCGUCAAGACACUUUCACCAUAUCCUAAUUAUCCUGAUCUCAAGCCUCCAACGUCACCGAUACCUUCACAACCUAGUGGCAGUGUGGGGAAAGCUGAAACAGUUUCCAAGGUAGAAGUAUCUGCCGAGUCUACUCCAGAAACCAGUCCAGUUUCAAAACCAGAAGUAACAGUAGAAGCACCAACUGGAUUUACAAGGCCACUUUCUCCAUAUCCCAAUUAUCCUGAUCUCAAGCCUCCGACUUCGCCAAUGCCUACGCAAGCAUAAUGUUGGACUUGCAGAUUUCCAUAGCCAAAGGUGUAUCAGUUCCACAGUUGCCAUUUUUGGAGAAUUUGAAGGGAAAUUUAUAACAGUAUUUCCAUUCUUUGUAAUUUAUUGAUGAAUGUCAUCAUGUUAUGUAGAUAGAGAUGGUGUAGAAAGCUUUAUGUGACUUAAGCAAUUCAAUCACUUCAAUGCAAAACCAUAGCAAUAUAUUAAUAGGAAUGAAAAACAUUAGAAUCACUAAA